AUGAAGCCUACGAGUACCACUGCUACCUUCGUCAUCUCCCUGUUGUACACUCUAGUCGCCGCCCGAAAGUGCCCUCUUGAAUCGGACUGCAUCCAAAAUCUGUGUACGGAUUUCACAUACGACUCUGGCAGACCAGAUAAGCUUUCAGACGUCAAACCAAUUGUCUUGACAGCUCGCUGCAAAAAUGACGCCGGUUCAGACGUCAUCACCUCUCUAGAUCUCAGAAAAUGCAUUGGCAACUUUGACGGCCUUCUCGCAUGGGCUGAUGAGGAGUGCAAAGUAACACGAGAUGACGAUUCGGAAGAUAAACCUCUGCUUUUGGAAUGCGGCAACUGCCCGAAGAAGAACUCUUUCUGGAGGGGAAGUGGAUGGUCCUGGUUGGACAUAUCCUAUGGUAUCUGGGUCAAGAACGGCGUAAUUGGUUGCUAUGGCCAUGAAGGCACCAAGGCUGAGACCCUCAAAGCUCUCCAGAUCUGA